UGUAUUAUAGAGUUCGGAGUCAGAAUCAAAGAAGCGCAACCUUGCAACUCUUUCAGCUACCUCUGCCUCUCUACGUGGAACGUAGUCAAAGCCUCCCUCUUUCAUGUACUUUUUACAACGACAAUCCGAGCACAAAGUAUGAGGCUAGUGGGGAGCAAUAAUCAGUUAGAGGAGUAUAAUGGAGACAAGGGGAAAUUUUAUAGGGAGAAGAGGACAAGAGGAGGAGAAGGGAGAAGAGGAGGAGAAGGGAGAAGGGGAGAAGAGGAGGAGAAGGGAGAAGAGGAGAAGAGGAGGAGAAGGGAGAAGAGGAGAAGAGGAGCAGAAGGGAGAAGAGGAGAAGAGGAGGAGAAGGGAGAAGAGGAGAAGAGGAGAAGAGGAGGAGAAGGGAGAAGAGGAGAAGAGGGAGACAUGAUGACCUUAAGGCUCCUUCGCGGCAGCACAAGGGAGGCCACGUGUCAUCUCCAUGGCUGCACACGUGGACUGGGGGGUUUUCGCACUGCUAUGGCCUCGGCUGCUGGUCAAGUCUACGGUGAGCGCUUGACGACCCGAGAUCUCGACCGGUCUGGUCUGGAAGCUGGAGAUGGCAGGAGAGACGUCGUCGUGCCGUCUGUUCCUGCUGCUGCUGCUGGUGGGGCCGCAGGUUCCCUCUCCUCCGUUUGUUGUAUUGACACGUCAUCGCCGAGCUUGAUGACGUGGUGGGCGGCGGGGAAAGGCUCACGCAGAGAGCUGUCGCGGCUUCGAUGGUCGGGAUGCACUUCCGGUGACAGGAGCUUCAGCAUCGCUGCGGUUGGGAUCGGGAUGGAACUCAGACCAGCCAACAUACUUAAAAAGGGGUUCACUUUUGAUUCGGAGGGGGGUAGCGAUUUGGAGAGAUGUAGGGGGAGCAGGGUCGGUCUCAUGACUGCGCCUGCUUCAUCUGCUACCGAAGCUGCUGCCGACGCUAAAAUAACCCCCUCCGUAACAAAACUACACCCCUCCGUAACUAAAUUAACCCCCUCCGAAGCACAAGUAAACCCCUCCGUAACAAAAUUAAACCCCUCCGAAGAGAUCGACGAACUAGGAGCGGAGGAGAAUCCAUCAGGACUUGAGAAGCCUGUGUCUGCUAGCCAGGUGACGUGGACAUCUGCGGGAGUGAAAUCAGCGGCAAUGAUUCUUCAACCGAGGGUGGUCCUGUUCGAUGGAACUUGUGUUCUUUGCAACGCUGGGGUGAAAUGGGUGAUUGACAGGGACAAGACGGCGGAGAUAAAAUUCUGUGCUGUACAGUCACGCAGUGCUGAGCCAUACCUUUUUCUUUGUGGUCUGACGAGGGAGGAGGUUCUCCAGCGAUUCGUUUUCAUCGCAGGGAUAGGCGAGUGGUACCGUGCCUCGACGGCUGCUGUUCAAAUCGCCGCAUGUCUCCCAUUUCCGUACCGAUUACUUUCUGCCCUAGUAUUGAUACCUACUCCGAUCAGAGAUGCUGUGUACGACUACGUUGCCGCGCGUAGAUAUAAAUGGUUUGGGCAAGCAGAUGGAUGUAUCGUACCAGAUGAGAGUGUUUUAGAUAGAUUCAUAGAUCGCGAAGAGAUUGAGGAGUUUAUAAAGCGAGAACGGAGGAAAAAGGGAAAAGGAGGGUGCCGAGGGGAAAAUGGGGGAGGGGAGGGGACAGAUGGCGACAAGGAAGAAGAGGCAGCAGCUGCUGGACUGCAAGGAAGAAGUGGCACUGAGGGAAUCGCUGGCAAGAUUGUGGCGAACAGUGCGAGCAGGAGGGGAUGUAAUUGAAAAAUGGAAAAUGGAAUGAGCAGACGCAGAAGCACAGAUACCUAUUUUGAUCCAGCCAAGGAACAGAUGUGAAAGCCUGCAACAUCA